AUGCCGAGUGAUACUCCCUGGAGCCGUGGAGGACACAAUGCAAUGGCCAUCACUGAUCUCUUUGGUACCUACGACGAUGUGCCUCCUAAUGCUCGAUUGGGAUUGGGCACUGCCACGAGGGAGAAAGGCUCACUAUUCACAACCUCCUCCAGACGGCUCAGCUUCAGACGCCGCCUCGGGUUCACACUCUCAACCAUCCGGAUAUCAGAGUGGACAUUACUCACCCUAUUGGGUGUCAUCACAGCCCUCGUAGCUAUUGCUGUGGAGUACUGUGUUGCCCAUAUUUUCGAACUGAGAGCUGAGGGGCCACUGUGGGUCUAUUUUCUCACCGGACCCUUCCUUGUAGUGGCCGCUGUCGGUUGCGUUCAGUUCGGUUCCCCUGCAGCGGUCGGCUCAGGCAUGCCGCAGAUGAAAGUCACAUUGGUAGGGGAGGAGAUCCCCAACCUCCUCACACUACGUACCCUGGUGUCAAAGGUCUUCGGACUAGGGUGUGGCCUGGCUGCUGGUCUCACUAUUGGUAGUGAGGGACCCUUCGUCCACGUAUCGGGCUGUAUAGCAAAUGCACUGAGCAGAUACCUCCCAGCUAAGCGGUUCCGUCGGUACUUCACCUACGAGACCUUCAGACUUCAGCUACUAGCAGUAGCAGUGAGUACUGGUGUUACGGCCACUUUCGGGGCUCCUGUUGGAGGUGUUAUAUUCGCCGUAGAGGUUACAGCAGUGUACUUUUUCGUCUCCAACCUCUCUAGAGCUUUCUAUUCCUCCAUAUGCUGUGUCCUCAUAUACCGCGUCACCAGGGAAUCCGGCCUCGUCGACCUCUUCGAGGUUGAAGACAUGCCUGAUUGGAAGCUCCACUGGGAGCUCAUCAUCUUCUGCAUCCUAUCAGCUGUAUGCGGAGUGUUGGCGGGGUUGCUGGUAUACUGCAUCGGCUACAUCAAUCGCUACACGACUAAGUUGCCUUCCCUCUGGCGGUUCAUCUGGGCUGUUUGCGUGGUCUCUGCGAUCGCUGGGAUUUCCUGCGGGUUACCUGUACUACAACGUCUGGACAAAAAGCUCCUCACGCUGCUGUUCUCCGCUGAAGAGGAUCCUGCCGCUGACUACUACCAUACUAUGCAUAGUGUUGGUGAGUUGGCGGUGAGUCACAUCCCUGCUGGGGUCUUCACGCCUUCCUUCGUCAUUGGAGCCCUCUGUGGUCGAUUCACCGGAGUAGUCAUGCAUGAGCUCUUCCCUGACGCCGACCUAGCUUCGCCUGCCUUGUACUCCCUUAUUGGUGCUGUCUCUGUCACCGCUGGUGUCACCAGGACCGUCUCCGUGGCGGUCAUUGCUUUCGAGCUAACAGCCCAGAUUCACAACAUGACGCCUAUCUUGCUAUGUACUUUGAUAUCAUAUACCGUUUCUGCUAUGUUAACUAUAUCGAUCUACGACGUCCUAUUGCAUCUUCGAAAUCUACCGUAUUUGCCUCAUCUUAGGAAGAGCGAUUUAUACCACCACGUGUGUCGAGACUUGAUGAUUCCGAUCAACACAGCAUUCUGCAUUUUCGAAGGGUCGCCGCAUGGUCUCGAGGUUCCCUUGAUUGACGCUUACGAUGCCUCACGUCGGCUCCCAAAGGGUUGCGAUAAAGUCCCUGUUGUGGAGUAUGUUGCCGGGCAUGAGCCAAUGAUAGUCCUCAGAGGCAGGUUGGCCUAA